AGCCAGUGACUCGUUUGACUGACAAGGAAAGAAUACUUGUGGCCAUGCGGCAAAGAUGAACCAACCCGUAAUGAUCAUGUAGGGGAUUUUCUUGUUGAGACCCACAGCAUAUAUCUGUGCGUUCGUGGACAGAGGGGAGGAGAUACUUGAAGCCUCACCAGACCACAAGGAGGGAUAUUCGCAGGACCAGCAGCACCCGAGGACGAGGUGUGUGGAGAGGCUGCUCUGCCAUACCAAAAAGCAGACAGAGGACCAAGGAAGGAAGCAGGGAUCCGGCUUUGCUCUGCAACCAUGAGCUCCCUGUACGACGUCUCCUGCUUCGCCGCUGGCCUUGCUGGCAACGUCUUCGCCCUCGCCCUCUUCCUGUCGCCGGUGCCGACGUUCAAGAGGGUCCUCAAGGCCAAGUCGACGGAGCAGUUCGAUGGGCUGCCCUACCUGCUGUCCCUGCUCAACUGCUGCAUCUGCCUCUGGUACGGCCUCCCGUGGGUCUCCGACGGCGGCAGGGCCCUCGUCGCCACCGUCAACUGCACCGGCGCCCUGUUCCAGCUCGCCUACAUCUCGCUCUUCAUCUUCUACGCCGACAGCAGGACCACUCGGUCUGCUCUGCUCUCUCCAUCUCCUCCCGUCCUCGAUCCGCAGCUCAAGGUCGCGGGGCUUCUGGUGCUAGUGGUCUUCGCGUUCGCGCUCAUCGCACACGCCAGCAUCGCCUUCUUCGACCAGCCGCUCCGGCAGCUGUUCGUUGGCAGCGUCAGCAUGGCGUCCCUGGUCUCCAUGUUCGCUUCCCCGCUGGCUGUCAUGGGUGUGGUGGUCCGCACCGAGUGCGUGGAGUUCAUGCCCUUCUACCUCUCUCUGUCCACGUUCCUGAUGAGCGCAUCCUUCGCAGUGUACGGGCUUCUCCUGCGUGAUUUCUUCAUAUACUUCCCGAAUGGGCUCGGAGUCAUCCUGGGAGCAAUGCAGCUGGUGCUGUACGCGUACUACAGCCGGAGAUGGAAAAGCAGCGACUCGUCAGCACCGUUGCUUGCCUGAUCAUGUAGCCGAGUUCGUCAGUCCAAUUGCCCGUGCCGUGCUUUCUGUUGUUCUCUGUUCUGCCAUCCUGUAAUUCUAGGAGAGGAGCUAGGCGGUGUUUUGGAACAGAUUAAUCGUACUGCUACGAAAUAUAUUUUUUGAGAUAGAUUAUUUUAAAUAGAGAUGGUCAUAAAGUUUAUUCGUCUUCUAAGAGAAUUUUGAAUACGAUCAUUUUAUUUACUGA